AGGAAAAAAAUUCCACUUAGAGCUCUGUGUAGAUCUGUGCCCAUCUGUACCCACAACAUACACAUAAAAUGGUCACAUUCCCCAGCUAGCCAUUUAGUUCAAAAGCUCAAAGGCUAGAAAUGAUUUAAAAAAUGCAACAGCUAUUAACUAGGAAUUGUCUUUGGAAUUAGGGCUGGCAUUUUCAAUCUGGGCAGAUUUCCAUUGUCGGCCUAUUUCAACAGCGAUUUCACUGAAGUAUAUUCAAAAGUAGAUUUCUUAUACAAGACUCUCUGAAAGCUGUCGCCUUUCUCCAAUAGGUCCUCUCCCUUUCCUCUCUCCCUCCCCUUUGCACAAGAGGCAUCAUUUCCCAUUGAACCACUACAGCUGUUCCCAUUUGAAUCUCGCUUUCUGUGAGGUGGUGGAUGGUUGGAGGGUGGAGGGGGGAUGUUGCAUGUCAAGGAAUAAUGAGCACACACACAUCAACAGACAACAACAAAGCGGACUGUGACUGGCCGAUGGGAGCGAAAGGCCUUCAGUCAUUGGCAGCUGAAGCCAAACAUUCCCAAAUCUAUGAAGCAGGGCCUAUUGUCGGUCAGUUGUUAUUUGCAAUGAAGCACAGAUCUGAUCAUGUUUAAAGUGGCAGCAUGCAGGGCAGGAGUGCUUGAGCCCCAGCGAAGGAGGGGAAAAAAAUAAGCCUUUGUUGGGUGAAAAGGGGCCCGUCUGAGACUUUUAUUUCUGUCUGUUCUGUGCAACAUAUAAGUCAAUAUAGAUAAGUUCUCUUCUGCCAAGUUCAGGCGGAGGCUGGGGCUGCUGGCCGACUCCAUGAAAUGCUUGCACAGGCAGAAAGCUCUGGGGACAAAGACACACUUCCACUGAAUUGUACUCUGCUCUUUUGUUUUGUUUUGUUUUGAAUCCCCAAAGGCAAAUGGUCAGAAAUAUAGAAAUUAAUUGGAGGCUUUAAGAAAGAGACUUCUAGUUCACCAUCCACUCUUUUCUGGCGAAGGGCUUACUUGGGGACAGAUAGCUGUGAUUCAUCUCUGUGGCAUUACAGGUGUUAAUCAUUGUAUUCCACCAGAGUUGCUGCACGUUUAGAGACAACUUCCUCGGUUGAUUGCGGUUUUUAGAUGUGUGUGCAUGUCGGUGGAUUCAGUGUCAGCCUUCGCUGUACGCUUGCACGCUUCUGCAGUGCGCACACGGGCGCUCGGUCGGCGCACUUGCCUGCGCAGAUACUUCCACCUCCUGACAUUUUGCAGCCUCGAUUCCCCGAGGGACGUGUGCCCAGGGCACUGUCAGAGAAGGGCUGUGUGGUGCGUGCUGCAGCUGCUGGCUGGCUCACUUCUUCCCUGCAAAGGAGGGACACUUUCCAACUGGCUCCAACGUGGGCCAGGGUCAGGCAGCCAGGCCUGGCCCACGGCUCCGUGGUGCAGAGAGCACAGACUUCGGAGCCCUUGGUGCGGCUCUCUGGGUGCUUGGAGCCGCGGAUGGGAGAAGGGGGGGUGGAGCGCUGUGUGCGGAGGGUUCGUGUGUGCGCACGCGCGCUUGGGCAUGGAUCCGUGUCCUCCGAGGGUCAAGGCUGCCAGGGCGCUGCGGCACAGCCUGGUUUCGUCUGAAGCAGCGGAGGCUCAGCUGCAGAAGCUCCUGGGUCCAGCAGGACAGAGCGGCUGCCUUGCCUUCUGCCCUCACCCCAGGGAGAUGAGCCGUCCUUCCGAGUGGCGCUCCAGGCGCUCCCCCGGGGCCAGCAUGUGGAAGCAGGGCUCCGGAGGUGGCCUUUUACUCGUCGUUGAAAGAAUUCAUUUUUAUUUACUGAUAGGUAUAUAUUUAUAUAAUUUAUCCAUGGGAACGCUGCAGGCAUGCCCUGAUGCCAUCGUCCAGGAUGGUGCCCACCUACCUACCUGUGCUGUCCUCAGUAGAAUCCCAAGGCUCCACAGCCUAUGAUUUUUCUCUUAACUUGACCGACUUAGGAAGACCAGGUGAACAGAAUUAGAGCUGAGUGUCUGAAUAGGAAACAUUCAAAUUACUUUGAGUAAAAAACUGCUUUUUACUACAACGAGUUUCCAGAAUAUUCCUCCCCCAAAGCUGGUAAACAACUGGCUUCUUGAUGUGGCUCACAAUCAUUUCUGCCUACCCUCCCCACCCCCCUCAGAACUAGGUUUCCUCAAAUUCACUUACACAGUAGUAAGAUUUAGCUUUGUUUUGUGAAUUUUUGCCAUCUUGGCACGGUGUCUAUAUUCUCCUGCUUAUUUCUUUUUGCACUGGGGCUUAAUGUUAACAAGAUUAAAAAAAAUGCUUUUCUUUUCUCUAUAAUGUUUGGCUCACCAAGGCCAAGCACAAAUGCUUCCCUUUUCUGUUUCUCAAGCAAAAACCUCAUCUGUAGCGUUUUUUGUUUGUUUUUAUUUUUUGCCUGGUCCUGAAAUGAUUUCACUGCUCAUUUUUAAAGUUCAAAGUGCAAGUGCUUAGGGUUAGUAUUAAAGUUUGACGGUGCUGAUGGUGACUAUCUUUGGAAAGCAUUAAGAGGAUGUUUUAGAAAUGACAUUCAUAAUGGGCUCUAAACAAAUGAAUAAGGGUUCCCCCCCUUCCCUUUUGUAUGUGUAUGCGUGUGUCUGAUUCUUUAAAAUUGAUAGACAGGGAAUUGAUUGCAUGAAGAGUGUUGCUUCCUUUUGAAGUGGUGUUUUUUUUUUUUUUUUUUUUUGGCUAAUGUUAGUAUUUGCAGAUCUUGGAGGUAGAGAUAAAAAAUAAAUGGAAGAGGAGGAAGAGAAAAGUGGAAAUCUCCUGGUGGCUACUAGAAAGAAAUUCAGGUCUUAGAACCUCAGCACCUGAGAGCAGGGUGCGGUAGUCAAAAUAUUUACCUCAUGUUAAAGAAAGGCAAAUCUAGUGUAAGAAAUGAAUACUAGAUAGGGUUAUGAAGUUUUAGAAACAUUUAAAAGAUAUGAGGACAUUUCAAAUACUAUGUUUGGCACUGUUACUUAAAUAUUUAUAUCUUUGAGACAAGUUGAUGAUUGAAAAAAAAUCUGUUAAUGGAGUUCAUAAUGUAUCAAAAUGGUCUGUAUACCUACUGUAGCUUUACUGAAGACCAGUAUUUUUGGGUAGUAAGUUAUUAGCAAAUGGAUAAUUGAUAAUGUUUCCAGAAGAAAGGAAAACACAUUUUUAGAGUGGGUUUUUAUCAGAGGAAAACAAAAAUAUAUAUCCCUCUGUAGCUUAUUUUUGCAAAGCCUGCCUAGAGAAUCAGAACAACAAAGUACUUGGAUCUGCGUUUUGGAAAGCCCAGCUACGAUUAUUGUUCAACAUGCACUUUUACUGAGUUUGAAAAGUUUCUUUUAUAUUUAAAAUAAUGGUUCAAAUAUGCACAUUCAAUUUUUAUAGUAUUUAUCUAUUUGCAAAGCAUAUAUUAACUAGUAAUUGGGUGUUAAUUUUAUAGACAUGGUAGCCAGGGUAGUAAAUCAAUGACCUAUUAAGUAUUUUUGACAAGCAAUUUACAUAUCUGAUGACCUCACAUUUCCUUUUCAGAGUCCAAUGCUAUAUAAUUGUUCCAUUGUGUGUUCGUAUAAAAUGAAUCACAACAUGAUAAGAAAAAGGUUAGUUAUUAAAAUAAUAAUCCAACUAAAAUAUUCAUUUAAAUUUAUUCAAAUUGUUCAUAAUGCUUUCAAAGGACAUAGCAAAGCUUUUGUGGAGUAUCUGCACAUUAUUUAUUAUCUAUGGACUAAAUUGAUUUUUUUAAGUUGCUUUAAAUUUUAAAAGCACCUUUGCUUAAUAUAAAAGCCCUUUAAUUUUAACUGACAGAUCAAUUCUGAAACUUUAUUUUGAAAAGAAAAUGGGGAAGAAUUUGUGUCUUGAAUUAAAAGAAGUGAAAAAAAAUAAACCAGACAUUCUAAAAAAAUAGAAGAAACCUGAUUUUUAGUACUAAUAAAAUAGCGGGUGACAAAAUAGUUGUCUUUUUGAUUUUGAUCACAAAAAAUAAACUGGUGGUGACAGGAUAUGAUGGAGAGAUUUGACAUCCUGGCGAAUCACUGUCAUUGAUUCAAUUAUUCUAAUUCUGAAUAAAACCUGUAUACAGUGUGUGUUUAUGCUACAGCGGGUUUUUUUUUUUAAGUGACUGACAUUCAUCAUGUUGGUUAGACAGUUUUAAAAACCUAGUCUUUGUUUUCUACAAUGUUGUCAAGAAAAAAUAAAGCAUAAUUUGUGGUGUAUUACAAGCAAACUGCUUAAAAAUGCUAGUUAUAACUGCUUCAAAAUUUAUUCUAACAUCACUGAAGAUGCAUUUUAGAAAUUCAGUUUCUCCUAAUGGAUGUUAAGCAGCUUUUUAAAAAUUGAAAUUCUUUACUUAAAUGCAAGUUAUUUUCUAACCUUCACUUUUUGCCUAUUUGUCAAAAGCUUUGAGAAUAUGGAACUGUGAUUCAAAAACCUAGUGUUUUAUAUGAAAACUGGUUCGAUGUGCUAACUACCCCCCAAAUACAUGUCUAUAUGGUUAUAAAUGUGCAUACCCAACCAGCGUUCUUGAUUCACAAAGGGCUUACCUGAUGCAAUGGAAAUCUUAGUUUCAGUUUGCUACUUUGUCUCAGACCUAUGUUCUGUAAAAAUCUCUCACCAAGCUUCAAAUACAUGCUUUCUCCUAGUGUUAAUGUAGCUGUCAGUUUGAAUUUCAAUCCUGAAUUAUGUCUGCUGACGUAAUUUCAUAGUGCUGACUUCAAUUGUUUAGGAUUACUAAACAGAAGACCAUCAACUU